AUGGGCUUCAUAUCAAGGAACAUCCUGCGGUCGCGGGACGCGAGACGUUCCAAGCUGCCACUAUACAGGGCUCCUGUGCGUACCCAAUUGCCCACUAAGGAGCGCUAUUCGGAUGUCGACUACUCCGACGACGACUCCGACGACGGCGAAAGCACAGACUCGUCUAUACCGUCAUCUGCCAGUUCGCGGGACUCAAGACAAACGUCAUCUUCCGUCUCGAGCUCUGCACCCAUUCUCUCCAAGAAACCGGCCAUGGCGACACGACGACCGCCGAGACGAUACCUUUAUCGCCUGCCCAAUAAGGUUAUCCGGUAUCUGUGUCUCGGCAUGGUUUCCACGAUGAUCAUAUUCAUAUUUUCCCUGGUCCGGGCGAGCCAGAUCGAGAAUAAGAGGUUAGCUGAGGGCAGGCUAGACAAGAAGCCAAUAAUUGCUCCACCUCCGUGGGAGUCAUUCGAGUUCCUCACCAGAUACUAUGGGGGUGUCAGGACUCUGGUCCCAUUUGCCGAGAACGUUCCACAAUACCCAAGGUUUGAGGAUGAGGUGCCGUACAAUGCUACAAAAUCUAGCCAAGAGUCGGGCAAGAGAGAGAUUGCCCCGAGACGUUCAUCUUUCCAGGCCGUGCCGGCAAGCAAAUCCUUCGUCGACUAUCCCGGCUCUACUCUUCCCGGAAACAACAAAGAAAUACAUGAAUGCUUCCUGGACGAAAAGAAUACCGUCAGAAUUCCCCCGAUUCGCUACUUGGAAGGACGGCCAACCGGCUUCCCAGACAACAUCCUGGGCUCCUACGAGCUGCUCUCCCUGCCCGAAGACAUCUGCUUUGAUCGAUACGGGAGGUAUGGGCCGUAUGGCUAUGGGUAUUCUGCCCGGACUGGAGGCCUUGGCGUCGGCGAGCACGGCGAGCAGGAGGGCUCUGAACAUAUCUGGGAAUCUGUCAAGAAAGUAGACUGGCGAAAGGUGAACUGGGCCGACGUGCAACGCAGGUGCUACAAGGCCAACGCCGACCUAUAUAAGCCACUGACCUCCCGCGAUGCCCCACCAAGGGGCUUUUAUAUUGGCGCGCCUGCCGUUGUUGCAAAACUGGAGGCUCGCGAUGCAGCCGAACCCGGGAUUGUUAAGAGCGGGAAGCCUGCCAAGACUCCGGAAGGGACACCCUCACCCGACCAGAAAACCCCCUCAACCCUGAAGACCGACCACACGGCAAAAAAGCCACAGGGAGAUAAGUCCAGAACAGCCAUCGUUCUCCGAUGCUGGGACGAGUUUGCCUGGGGCGAAGAGGACGUUAUGAAUCUCCGAGCUCUCAUUUCCGAGAUGUCCCUGGCCUCGGGCGGUCGCUACGACAUACACCUUCUUGUCCAGGUGCGAAAUGACGCCAAACACCCCGUCUGGGCCGAUGACGAGGCGUACCGCAAUCGCAUCAAGGAUAGCAUUCCCGAAGAAUUCCAGGGUAUGGCUACGCUGUGGUCCGAGACUCAGAUGCUCGCCGUCUACCAGGGGCUCCACGACCUAUGGAUUCGAGGUCCAGAUCUGCCGGUGCACGGGUCCUACCGCGGACUGCAGAUGGCGAUGCAGCAUUUUGCCUCUAACCACCCCGAGUAUGAUUACUUCUGGCAAUGGGAGAUGGACAUCCGCUACACUGGCCACUACUACGACCUGUUGACCAAGAUGGAGGGGUGGGCCAAGGAGCAGCCCAGGAAGGGCUUGUGGGAGCGUAACGCACGCUUUUACAUGCCCUACGUCCACGGCAGCUGGGAAGAUUUCAAGCAGAUGGCCCGCGUGCAGACAGAGCAGGGCACGACCAGCCCCGAAAACAUUUGGGAAAAGGUGCCCAGCAUCAAGGGCGCCGCCAAGGACCCGCAUCAGGUUCCGCGCGGCGAAGAGAGCGUCUGGGGCCCGAUGCGCGCAGCCGACCAGGGAGACUGGUUCGAACCCGAGAACGACACGGUGCCGCCGACGGUUUAUGAGCGUGACAAGUACACAUGGGGAGUGGGUGAGGAGGCCGACCUAAUUACUCUAAACCCAAUCUUUGACCCGCAAGGAACAACGUGGAAGCUAGCUGAUGACAUUACGGGCUUCAACGAGUCGGAUGGCAAGGGCAAGCCGCCACGGCGGGCGCAGAUCAUCACGGCCUCCCGCAUGUCGCGCGCUCUGCUCAUGACGAUGCACCGCGAGACAGCCUUCCGCAAGCACCACGCCUUCCCCGAGAUGUGGCCCGCCACGGUGGCGCUGCACCACGGCUACAAGGCUGUCUUCGCGCCGCACCCCAUUUUCGUCGACCGCGAGUGGCCCACCGAGUACAUGGCGCGCGUUCUCAACGGCGGGCGCAACGGCGCGUCGGGCGGCGCCCGCACCUCCGUAUAUGGCGCCCGCGAGCACAAUUUGAUGGGGCUCACUUGGUUCUACAACGCCGGCUUCUCGGGCAACCUGUACCGCCGCUGGCUCGGCCUGCGCGUCAACAAUGACGGUGGUGAGGCCUUUGAGCUCGACGUCGACCCCAGCAUGAAUGACACGUCUGUCGGCACCAUGUCCGGCGGCGAGGGCCGCAUGUGUCUGCCACCCGUCCUGCUGCACCCUGUCAAGGACAUUGACCUCCCCGUCGAAGAGCAAAAGGAGUACGCGCCAGAGGCUCCCUCAGAUCCUUCGGCCUAA